AAGCUUGAGAGUUUCAAUUCAUUAUUCCCCACAGUUUCCAUAAUAAUUCUGCUCUGCACCACCUUAACAAAAGAGGUUUCCUUGCGUUUCCUUUUCCCCAACACUGCCAUAAACUGACACACAGAUAUUGAGAGAGAGUUUUCAGAAAAGGAAAGAAAGUUGAGAAAGAAACAAACACCACCUGUAUCUCUUGCUUCCCUUUAACACUCCUUCAUCUGUCCUAAACUCUGAACUUAGCCCUCUCUCUCCCUCUCUCUCUUACUGCUACCUCUCUUCUCUUGAGAAUUGAUGAAGCGAAUGCUUUAAAGAGACCCUUUAGGCUAACCCCCAGCCUUUGGCACUUUCAUCAAAUUUCUCCUUUCUGGGUUCUCUCAAAAUGCCAGCUACACACACUCCCCAUUUUGAUAGAGUUCAUUUCAGUGCCAGCAGCAGUGACAUCUCACUCUCUGGUGAGAUUGGGGCUCAUAGGAACUCUUCGGAGUCAGAUUGCUUGUCAGAGGUGGAUUUGGAGAGUGGAGCUUUGGAUAUGGAGGUGCAUUCGGACAACAAGACUCAGAGAGAUUGUAGAAUUUGUCACUUGGGUUUGGAGACUAGCGAGCAAGAAUGUGGAGGAGCUAUUGAGUUGGGGUGUUCCUGUAAGGGUGAUUUGGGUGCUGCACACAAGAAAUGUGCAGAGACUUGGUUCAAAAUCAAGGGUAACACGACAUGCGAGAUAUGUGGUGCCACUGCACUUGGUGUUGCAGGCGAGCAGACAAAUGUACCCCAUAAUGCUAGUGCUGCAGUCUUAUCAGCACCAGCAGGUCCUCUGAUCCUUGUGGAGACCCAAACAUUUUGGCAUAGUCGCCGCAUUAUGAAUUUCUUGCUUGCCUGCAUGGUGGUGGCCUUUGUCAUUUCUUGGCUCUUUCACUUUAAAAUCCUCUCGUGAACUGAGAAGCAAGUCGUGGCAUUUUAUUGGCAUCAGGGACGAGGUGCGACCCCCAUUCCAUCAAGUGCCUGUUUUUGAUGCUCUAUUCCUUCUCUUAGCCUGUGCCACAUCUGUAACUUACCCGUCUCUGUAACUUACACAUAAAUUGUUGGCUUCUUUACUUGCAACUCCUGCCUGUUGUCCUUUCUAUGUUUAAGAGCCAUAGUUUCCAAUUUUGGAUGAUUGUAGUAUCUGGAGCAGAGAUGAAUCUCUGUUUGGUUAUUAUCACGCCCAGGUGUUCACUAA